UGUACUAGUCAAUCAAUGAUUAGUCGAGUGGGUCGGCAACUAGUAACAAGGUCACUCGCUACCACCACUCUUCCCCGUCUAUCGCAUCGCCCCAACUUCAUUCGGCAUCCUCAUUUGGGCGUAUCGUGGAGGUUCAUUCCCACCAGACAAAUGGGAGUCCAGGUUAAGUACGCGGUGAAAUCCACCCCGGUCGAGGUGACCGAGACCCCGGUGCUCAUUGUGGGACAACUUCAAGACUUGAAGGCACUCGACUAUGCCACAAUUAGUCACAAAUUGGGCGCUCAAGUCCCGGCAGAGGUGUGGAAAAAAGCUGUCGAAACGCUAAACCCUUCGCCGACCGACACGAUUCCCCUCUACCUCAACAUGGCAGCCAUUGCCGCUCUACCCACCAAGUGUUCCAGACACAACACUCCCUCCAGAGCUCACGCCAUUACGAAGAUUGUCAAGUCUUUUACCUCUGGGCGCAAUGAGCAUGUUGUGAUCAUGUGUGAUAAAUCUGAUGUGUUUGCCUCGGGCUGUGCCGUGGCCCGGGCCUUCCCUCAGUUCACCCGUAAGACCAAUGCCAAUGGAAGCUCCAAAUCGGGACAAGACAAAGGGACAGUCACCGUCGAGUUCAUGUGUCGCAAUGGCGAACAAGUGUCGGCUGAGGAAAUGAGCGUGUUAGAAAAUGCUGCCUUCGGCAUUCAAUUAGCCGCUCAGAUCGUGGAUACUCCUUGCAAUGAAAUGCACACGGAUGAGUUCCUAAAUCUCAUUCGCGAUGUUGCCAAGCGAACGGGUGCGGAGUGCACCGUCAUUCAAGGAGAGGAAUUGAAUGAGCGUGGAUUUGGCGGUAUUUAUGGAGUUGGGAAAGCGGCCAUUCAUCAGCCCGCAUUGGGUGUUCUCAGUUAUACUCCCAAGGGGGCUACCGAGACCGUGGCUUGGGUCGGCAAAGGCAUCGUCUACGACACCGGUGGCCUUUCCAUCAAGGGAAAAACGGCUAUGCCCGGGAUGAAGCGUGACUGCGGUGGAGCAGCUGGGAUCUUGGGAGCCUUCUACACCGCUGUGAAAGAGGGUUUUACCCAAAACCUCCACGCCGUGUUUUGCUUAGCGGAAAAUGCUGUCGGAGAUCGAGCCACUCGUCCGGACGAUAUCCAUACCUUGUACUCGGGUAAGACCGUGGAGAUCAACAACACGGAUGCUGAAGGUCGAUUAGUGGUGGCCGAUGGUGUGGUCUAUGCCCAACGCGAUCUCAAGGCUAACGUCAUCAUUGACAUGUGCACUCUGACUGGGGCCCAAGGGAUCUCCACUGGACGUUUUCACGCGGCUCAUUUGACCAAUCGCGAGGAAUGGGAGCGAUACACGGCCAUGGCAGGCAAGGUCAGCGGAGACCUAUCAUUCCCCAUCGUUUUCUGUCCGGAACUUCAUUAUAGCGAGUUCUCCUCGGCCGUGGCAGAUAUGAAGAACUCAGUUGGUGACCGGAGUAAUGCUCAAUCUUCGUGCGCUGGAUUGUUCAUCUUUUCUCAUCUGGGAUUCGACUUUCCCGGUGUUUGGGUUCACAUCGACAUGGCAUAUCCCGUCUCUGCGGGUGAUCGUGCCACGGGUUAUGGUGUGGCUUUGUUGAAUACCCUAUUUGGGAAGUUCUCCGGAUCAAAACUGCUGCAAGCAGCGGCACCAGAUACCGAAAUCAACGGCACCACGCCCAUGGACACCGAAACGGGCGGAAGUCAGUCCAAAAAAAUGAAGAAAAAUUGAAUGGGUCCGCCUUAGCGGUCAGUUGAAUUCCAGGCCAUGUCUGUGUUGUGAAUGAUUUCGCCACGAUGGGAUUUGAUUAAUUCUUUUGAUCAAUGGCGCUCGCGAAAUUGAUGUAAUCAUUUGAGAAAAUACACCUGUUCGAAUUUA